CAAGCCGUUCUAAAGAUGAAGCUGUGACAUGGAGAUCAAACAGAGGAAUUCUCGCUGUGUGCUCAAUUGAAGUAGGCUAAGGCUGAACAUUGGCGUGUUGUGCACGCUAAAGCAACUAGGAUUUCAGGCGUUUUUAUCUGACGUCCUUUACAACUGUUCUGAAAUACAUAGUUUAGAGGGGAAAACCUCGACCUAGUGCUUGAGGACGCAGCUAAACAGAUGAGACAUGCACUUUAAAUCUUGGUUAUGGGAAAGAAGCAACUUUCUCACGUUGGGAAUGGACAAACGGAGAAAUGCGUGUAAGUAGCUGACCGCAUUCUUCUUUAUUCUGCACAGCCUAUAAACCAGAAAAAUAGAUUGGAUGAAAAAAAGUAUACUUCUUAAAACCAAUGCAUUGCUGAAGUUUGGUUUAUGAGUUUGUAUUGGACACACUGCACUAGCUGACCGUUUCAAAAGACCAACUGAAGCAAGUUACUUUAUUUUUUUUUUAUGGGGAUAGCCUAUUUCUCUUCCAUCUUUUGGAGAAUCUGACCAUACUCGGAGAGUGCAAACGCGUGUCCAUUUUGUGGUUCGUUAUUAGAACGGUUUUCGGUCAGCUGCUGUGUCGCCAUGAGUUUAGUCGGUGGGUUCCCUCACCACCCGGUGAUGCAUCACGACGGCUACUCCUUCGCCGCGGCGGCGGCAGCAAGCCGCUGCCACGAAGAGAACCCCUACUUCCACGGCUGGUUGAUAAGCCACCCUGAGAUGUCUCCCCCUGACUACAGUAUGGGACCCUCGUACAGCCCCGAGUACUCCGCCGGGGGCCCGGCGUUGGACCACGUACACUACGGAGGUGGUAUCCCCGGGGCUGGCGCUGCAGGAAUCGGGAUGGGACCGCGGCCGGUGAAACGGAGACCUACGGCGAACCGAAAGGAGAGACGCAGGACUCAGAGCAUCAAUAGCGCCUUCGCGGAGCUCAGGGAGUGCAUUCCGAAUGUUCCGGCGGAUACUAAGUUGUCCAAAAUAAAGACCCUCCGGUUGGCUACAAGCUAUAUCGCUUACCUCAUGGACAUUCUGGACAAGGACGAACAAAACGGCGAGGCAGAGGCCUUCAAAGCGGACUUCAAAAAGACAGAAGCCAAGGAGGAGAGGCGAAAGAAAGAAGUGAAUGAAGUUUUGAAAAACUCAGCCAGCAGCAACGACAAGAAAACCAAAGGCAGAACUGGUUGGCCGCAGCAUGUCUGGGCUUUAGAACUCAAACAGUGAAACUAAACUACCAUUCUACUCUCAGAAAAAGACAUGAAAUGAUGAAAAGGUCUUCUUCUAGACUUUUAUUUGUACUCUCACUUUAUUUAAUGGAAUAUUUAUGUGCAAUUGCCGCUACGGAGAGUGGAUAUUUGAAGAAAACCAUUCCAUUUUUAUGUGGAGGAGUAAACCCCUUUGGUAAGGGACGGUCUGCCUAAUAUUGUUGUUUGGAUGUUUGUUGUUGUCCCAAGAGUGAAAUGUUGGACACUAUGGUGUAUGUGAAGUCUAGAUUCUCAAUCUAACCCUCUCUUUCUUUAGAUAUAGUUAGCAAUGAUUGACUGAUGUCGUGGUUGCAGUUCAAGCAAAUGUUUUAUUUGGUGGAGAAACAAAGUCAUGAAGUGUUAUGUUGUCAUUUUUGUGGUCGUAUGCAGUAUUUGAUAGUGUUUAAAACGGCUGUUAAGUCCACUCAAGUGCACUUCCGUAGAGAGACGUGGCAUUUAAAUAAUAUUUGAGAUGUAAACAAUGUAAUUAAUUCAAUAAACCACUGUGUUUUUUUAAA